GGGCGGGAGCGCGCAGCGGCAGGAGGGCGGAGCGGCUGCGAGGGGCGGCUGGAGGCCGGCUGCUGGGAGGGUAGAACGAGCCGGGUUGCACGCGCCACCUGCGAGGCUGGCUGGCUUUCUCUUUCCGCGGACACAUCCCCGUCCCUCCCCCCAGUCCCCUGGAGGUCGGGAGCGCGCGAGUUAGCGCGCACACCCGCUCGCAUCCACACACACGCCAGAGCGCGCGAUCAUCACUGCUGCAGCCCGGGCCGGGCAGACAGAGCUGCUGCAGUUUCCCCAGGGUCGAGCGGGGAAAGCAGAGCCGUCUUAUCCCGGAGAGAGCCUGGUGCCCGCCGGCCCCCUGGGGUAUCAAGCCCAGCAGACUGCUCCCCUCCUUCGGUAUUCAAGAAAUGCUGACUGGCCAGAGGCUGUGCCACUCGGAAUCUCACAAUGACACUGUCCUCGCAGCACUGAAUCAGCAAAGAAGUGAUGGCAUUCUCUGCGACGUGACCCUGAUCGCCGAGGAACAGAAAUUCCAUGCUCACAAGGCAGUCCUAGCGGCCUGCAGUGACUAUUUCCGGGCAAUGUUCAGUCUUUGUAUGGUGGAAAGUGGAGCUGAUGAAGUAAAUUUGCGUGGUGUGACCAGCUUGGGCUUAAAACAGGCUCUGGAGUUUGCAUACACAGGACAGGAACUAAAUAGCUUUAAUUACUUGGAUCUGUACAGACUUGCUGACCUCUUUCACCUCACUUUGUUGGAGAAGGCAGUGAUUGAUUUCCUAGUGAAGCAUCUCUCAGAGCUUCUGAAGAGCCGCCCAGAGGAUGUUCUCACGCUGCCCUACUGCCUGCUGCAGGAGGUGCUGAAGAGUGACCGCUUGACCUCCCUGAGUGAGGAGCAGAUCUGGCAGCUAGCUGUGAGGUGGCUGGAACACAACUGCCAUUACCAGCACAUGGACGAGCUCCUGCAGUACAUCCGCUUCGGCCUAAUGGACGUGGAUACACUCCACACAGUUGCCCUAUCCCACCCCCUGGUCCAGGCAAGCGAGACGGCAACUGCCCUUGUCAACGAGGCCCUGGAAUACCACCAAAGCAUCUAUGCACAGCCUGUGUGGCAGACCCGCAGGACAAAACCGCGAUUCCAGUCAGAUACUCUCUAUAUUAUUGGUGGGAAAAAGCGUGAGGUCUGCAAAGUCAAGGAACUUCGGUACUUCAAUCCCGUGGACCAGGAGAAUGCUCUCAUCGCCGCCAUUGCCAACUGGAGUGAGCUGGCUCCCAUGCCGGUGGGAAGGAGCCAUCACUGUGUGGCAGUCAUGGGGGACUUCCUGUUUGUAGCAGGAGGAGAAGUGGAGCAUGCCAGUGGCCGGACAUGUGCCGUGAGGACUGCCUGUCGCUAUGACCCCCGCAGUAAUUCCUGGGCAGAGAUAGCACCCAUGAAAAACUGCCGGGAACAUUUUGUGCUGGGUGCCAUGGAUGAAUACCUCUAUGCAGUAGGGGGCAGAAAUGAACUGCGCCAAGUUCUACCUACAGUUGAGCGAUACUGCCCCAAGAAGAACAAGUGGACGUUUGUGCAGUCCUUUGACAGAUCCCUGUCAUGUCACGCUGGAUAUGUGGCUGAUGGUCUUCUUUGGAUAUCAGGUAGAACGCGCCUCCUAUGUUGGGUUUAUGGAAAAGCACUUUUGCUGUGGCUUAAAAUUUCAAAGUCAUCUUCUGGAGAGUGGCCCUAAGUAAUUGACCAGUUGAGCCAAGGAUGCCAUUUUAGCUAGUUAAGUAUCAUUUGCUGAGCACCUACUCCGUAGAGAACCGUGGCGUUGGGAAUAAUUGACCUUUCUGUGGUGUUUCUGAGUGGUGACUGUUGUCAAAAUUCAGGAUGAAAAUUACUGGGCCAUCACACCUGUUUUCCGGCCGAGCCUUCUAGUGCUGCCGUUGUCAGAGCUUGAUGACCUGUGGUGUGAAAUCCACGGCUACUGUUUUACUCAAGCCCUUUGCUUCUCCUUUCACUCUUGGCUGCCCAGCUAGGAGCCAUUUCUUCGGAGGCAGGAGGAAUAAAAUCCUUGUAAAUCCAUUUGGCUGAAUAUAACAAGAGACUUUCUUCCAGGGAUUAGCUAUGCUGUCUAUCGGAGGAAGGGAUUAAGUUGCUGACAAAAAGCUUUUGUGUUAUCCGUGUGAGUGGUAGUUACUGGUGCCAUCCAUUCCUGCGUACUCUCCCGUUCUCACUGACCAUCUGCAGGAAGUUUAAAGUCUGUUUACCUUUACUCUUUUGACUUAUGUUUAAACAAACAAGUAAACACCUUUUGCUUAUGGGAAAACUAUGGAAACAAGCCAAUGAGCAGGGUAUAGUGUAACAUAGCUUCAGGCAGUAGCUGGGUACCUUUUUCCACUCUGACUUUCUUUAGCUCCUGCUGGCUGCCCUGUUGUUGCACAGAAGUCUAUGAGGCCGGCGUCAUCCGUCUCACAACAUCAACCUGUGUUUUCUGUUCUCAGGGGGAGAAGCUGCCUCAUCUCUCAGCUGGAGGAUUUCCAUUUUAUAACCCAAAUAGAAGCUAAGUUUCUGUAUCACCAAGGACACACAGAUUAACAGAAAGAUCCCUAGGUUAGAUACUGGCGGGAAACCCCGAUGCACAGACUUAGACGAAAAACAGCAGCAUUAGGAAGUGAAGGUUUCUUGGAUUUCCCCAGCUGCCAUUCCGGUUUUUAAAAUGUCAAUUUUGACAAAAUUAUCCCUAGAUUAAAUUAGUUUCGGCUCUGUUCAUUCCCUUCUACUCUCUUCAAUAACCCAGGAGACAGUCAGAGCCUCAGCUUCUGAUGUAACCUAUCUUAUAUUAGAAUUUAAGUAGUUAAUGAAUUAAUGAAUGAAGUAAAGACUAGAGUAUAUGAUGAGGAUAAAUCCACUAUUUACUGGUCCUAUGUACUAAAUAAAAACAUUAGAAAUCAGCAUAUGUGUAGAAAUAUUUAAAUAAAAUUCUAAUUUAUUAUGAGCUUCUUUCCUUUCCUUUAAAUAUGUAUUUUAGCUGCUAAAAGAGUCACCUGGACUGUGUUUGGUUUUGCUGAAGAAAUUUCCAAAAUGGCCAUGACUAAGACUUUGCUAAUCACAGGAGCAGGUCUGGAUUUUCCUGAACACAGAGCAGUGAUGAGUUUAUGAAGUCAGUUCAGUUUUUAUUUUCUCACAAUUUUACAUUUCUUCCUUUGACUCAUUUGGUUACUAAUGCUGUAUACUCUUAAAAUUUGCAGUGUGCUUUCUAAAUUUUGCAUGAAUUCCACAUAAAUAUUUUAAUAAGUGUGCCUUGUUUGGCACCGCAAAAUAUAACAUUUUCAUUAAUUCAUUUAUUUAUUCAUGUUAUAUCCCCAUAUAAUCCCCUGUCCUCACGGUCUUCCCUCAUAUUCUUGACUUUCCCUUACAUACUUAUAAAGUUGGGACUACUCUCCACCCCUUUCAGUGAUGCUUAAGGGAGCAGACGCUCACAAACCUGGCCAGACCUACCAUCUUGGGCUCAAGUAUCUUCCCUUUCUGUAAGGGUCUGUGUUUUCUCUCUCUGAUUUCUUGCAUCUAUCAACUUCCUAUACAUCUUCUUGCCUCCUCUCUCUGCUUCCCUCCUACUGUGAAAGGGAAUGCGUUUUCUUUGUUCCUCGAACUAACGAAUGCUGUCUGUGUUAACCGUGUUUAAUGAAAACAAUCAGAAUUUUCUCAGGCUUGCUUCUCCCUACUGUGCACUUGAGAUGAGGAGCUCACUUUCCCGGUGUAGCGUAUGAGACCUUUAAUUGGAAAGAAGAGGAAAUCACCAGUGACAUUUCUAAUACCUGUGGUCGUCUGCUUCUUUCCUCGGGCCUAGUUUAUAAUAAAUCAAUUGCGAACAUAACCAUGAGUGGAGAAGGCUUGGCUGUAUUUACUCAUGGGCCCCUUUAUAGGGAAACAAGAUUUCAUCUUCCUGUCUCUGAUUUGGAAAGGUUAGCUUGACAUAUUGGAACAGAGGAAAGUGCAUGAAGCUAGUUCCUAACAUUGACCAAAUAAUCAAGUAUUUCCAGUUGAUGGCGGGUUGAGUCACUGGCGUCCUCCUGGUACUCUGCAAGCUUUGUCUGAGGUAGGGGUGGGGUGGAUGAAUGAGAAGGUGGAUUGUAAAGUUAGUUCUGUUCCAUAGAACACAGAAUAAAUACGUCCUCAGAGACUUGGUAUUUGUAGUGUGCUCGUUCCGGAUCUGUGCCCACUCCUGUUCUGUCCACUUGGGGGUCAAAGCAUUUUGAAAACUUCACAACUUAUCAGUAUGAGAACCAGUGAAUUCAGAAAGCUAUGUUGGAUAGAUAUGCCCAUUAGCAUUUCAUUUAAGGUAUUAGAGGCAGGCAGAUUUCAAAGGCUUGUGUAGCAUUUGACACAGUGACGCAGUUCAACAAGUGCUCAACCACAUUUCGGUUUGAAAUCCACAUUUCUGAAGUAAAGUAAGCGUUAACUAUCCUGCAGCUGUGUUUUAAGAAUACGUGCUGUCUGUCAUACAGGAUAGCAUGUGAACCACUAAAGAGAUUCUUGUGUGUGUUUGUAUGAAGGAAAUUUUAUCUGAGCCCAUCCUGCAGAACUUACCUGUUUGUUUCUCUCAGACGGCAGCAAAAUAGUGAUAUGCUAACCAUGAAAUUGGUGCUGAAAACUAGAAAGCAAGACAAAUGGUGCAGUAGUUACUCAAAAGCAUCGCAUCACAGCUCCUUGAUGUUUUUCCUCAGUAAAUCCCUCCAUACGGUGGUGCUGUGCCAUAGAUGAAUAGGAUUAAUUCAGUAAACACACCUCCUGCCCUCUAGAAGCUGACAAUCAAAGGUUUUUAUAUCUUAGAUAAGUCAUGAGUGAAAGAACCCUUCUUUAAUUUCCUAACAACUAUGCUUAUUUUCUUCUUAGUUGGGUUUAACUAAAGCAUGUGUUGCCCCAUUUUAAAUCACUUUAACUUACUCAAUUUACUGAAAGAACUUUUGAGUUUUCUACUAUUCUCCAAAACUUAAGACAGGGUAAUUUUUAAGUAAUGCUGUUAAAAUAUCAUGGCUUUGGUUUUCCUCUAUCUGCACAGAUAUUAUUAUGUUUGCAUUUAAAAUAUUGGGAACUAAGAGCAGGCAUGGUUGUGGUGGAAACCUUAAGGCGAUAGAGUGCAGUUAUUCACAAGUGUGAAACUUACCCCGCUAAUUAUCAGUCAUGAGAUGCUGAGCUGGGUCCCAGCGUUUGAAGUCCUCUUCUGCUCUCACACCGGAGCAGCACAGUUGGGUAUAGUAGGCAGUCUCGGUGUGAUGUGUGGCGCUAGGGGUCUUCCAGGGUACAGAAGCAAUAUGAACAGCAAUAUGUUCAAGGUGACGUGCAAAGUGUCAUCCUGGGCCCAACUGAGGCCACCUCCUCUAGCUGCUGUCUGUCAUUUACUUCGCCACCCUGACUUUCCACUUGAAUAUUGUCAUAUAAUCACUUCAGUAGUGCCCUUGUCUUUUAGGAAGCAUAGCGUUGGACACACCUAGCUUUCUGCUUUUCUGUGUAGUUGUCCUUCAAUAACCACAGGAGAUUGGCUCAAACACGCGCAUGCACGCUGUUAGACACAGCCGCUAGAAAAGGCCUCCAAUGGGAGAUGUAAGGGUUGCAGGAGGAAUGGGAAGGGAGCUAUAAUUUAAUUAUAUCAUAACCUCAAAAGGUAAAAGAAUAAAUGGAGGUUGACACCCCUCAGAUGCUCAAGUUCCUUAUUUAAAAGGGCAUAGUAUUUUCAUAGUGCCUGUGCAAAUUGUUCUGCAUACUGCAGUGUAGAUGUUGCAUAUUCUAAAGACAACGAUGGCACAGAAAUCUGUAUGGGUUUUGUUUGUUUGUUAUCAUUAUUUUUUGGAGCCGCGUUGAAUCUGCAGCUGCAAAAACCCGGCACAGAAAGAACUGACAGUUUCCGGCUAGCUGAGACUGUAGGGCAGUUACCAGGAAGACUUGAUGGGGUAUCUUCUCAGGUCUCCAGGCACAUGACAGUUCUCAGCAUUCUCUUCAGUGUAGCCUUCUGUUCCUGGCAGUGGUGUGGAUUAAUAAGAAUGUGGAUUGUAAAGACUUACUUCAGUUCCAUAGAACACAGAAUGAAUAUGUUCUCUUUCCUUCGCUGCUUUACUGCCUUAACCUGCCUCCAUUCCUUAAGACCCCUCCCUCUAACCUAGACAGAGAACAUUGUCUUCUGUUUUUCAUGGUAACUGCAGAGGGAACAAUGACUACUGUGACAGACAGAUGGACAGAUAAGCAAGACAUGGUCUGGGAAGGGACCAAGGGUAUCAUCUAGGCAACCAUACCAAGGAGGAUGCUGGGCUGACCCUCUGGAAGAAGUCUGAAAGUUUGAGGUACACAGGGUGGGAGGAGUUUGCAGUGCUCAGGGCACAAGCAGGAGUCCACAGCGUGUGAGACUUGUCUGGUACUACACAAGUACCACAUUUUCCAAUUUCAAACCCUUCAGCGAUAGGGAUUUCUGAUAAAUGGAAUAUGGAGAGAAGCAGAGAGCUAUAGUUAAUGUGUAAGGAGAAAGUGAGGAUCUAGAACUCCCAGUACAAGCUACAGCGGCUGCUCACCUGUGAUUCCCACAGACACUGUAUCAUUGAAAUUUCAUCCCUGAGUCAGAGCUCAUCAGGUAAUGUCCCAGUUAUUGUCUGCCUUCCCCUAUACUCCUACCUAUGGGAAGAGAUUGUGCAGUUUCUGGGGCAUACAUAAUUCAGUCCUUGUGGCAGCAACCUUUUUUUUCUUUUAUUAUAAAUUGCUUUUGACUUUAAGAAGGAAAAAGGAGAUUAAAAGGAUAAGAAAAAGGCAAAGAGAAAUUUAGCAGAGAAAAGAGAGUGUAGUUAGAGAAGAAAAUCCAGAUCAAUGGAGGGACUUUUCUUUUUAAAAAGAGUGGAAGUGCAUUAAGGACACUUGGAAGGAGAGGUGUCGGAAAUAGAGACUUCUAUCUGGGUAGCAAACCGAGAGCAAUUCCAGAGUACCAGGAAUGAGAAUUAAUCCUGGGUACUGACUAUAGAUCGUAGAACAGGUAGGAGAGACUAGGACAGUGAAGAAAGAAUCCCAAACACUGUGCCCAAAGAAGGGAGAUGUGGGUGUGGGUCUGGUUGGGAGGGAGAUGAUACCUAUGGGCCCAGGGCCCAGUUGGAGCACAAACCAGGGGUUCCCUUGUUGGCAGAUUCAGGUGAGAUCUUGAUGAGUUUCUGCUAAGAUUAUAUCUUAUCCAAGAUUAGGUGGUGAGGACAGGGCCAUAGGAAUACCCUCUGAGAGAACAGGGAACUGAUAGGUUUUUUUAAGAAGAAGUUUUCAGAACCUAUACCCAGUUUGAGAACUUUUUUGUCAUCUUUUCGUAGUGUGACAGAAAACUGGAAAAGGCAUACCUUUGGAUUAAUAGAUAAUAAAAGGUUUCCGCCUUAGAAAUAGCCCAGAGGCCCCUACAGGAAGGUGUUUAACAGCCAUCAGGACGGCUAGUCUAGUCAGGGGCAGGGAUUAUUAUCCUAGAGGUGUUUCUCACAAGGGAGCCACACAGGCUGGAGUUUUAUAAUUUCAAUGUCAACUUCCGUUUCCAGGGAACUGAGCAGCCACUACAGAUGAAUUCUGUGUUGUCUUAGAGUCUAGCAGGCAUUUCUCUUUUGCUUCUACUCAAGUCCCCACCUUACACCUUAUCUCACCCCACCUAAAGUCCCCACCAUCUGAAACAAAUUAAAAUGAACUUUGACACUGAACUGAGGUAGAAGCCAAACAGAAAUGAGUUCUCCCCAAUGCGCGUAAGAGAACCUAGUGUUUGGAGGGAGGAAAACACUCAGAUCUUCUACGCCCUGAAAACCAGUGAAAGCUUUAAUUCCUCAAGUCACUCAGCUGGGCCCUGAAGACCAUUCCGUUUAUCUUCUAUUGCUGCCCAAGAAAUGAAGCACAAAGAGGUCCGUUAGCUCCCAGGUCAAAGGGCUAAUAUUUGAUAGAAUUUGAAUUCUAUUUCUUAAAUUUAAGAAAUUAAGUUUAAAAAAUAAGACUUUUCUACUAAACCAUACAGCCAACAGUUUUUAGUUUGUUUGUUUGUUUGUUUUUAUCACUUUUAGCUAAGGUCCAAGAAACAGAACGUGUCGUAAAUAGAAUGUAUCCAUGACAGAGCUAAACAUUGCUAAACAAUACACAGAUGGUGCCCUGGUAUUUUGUUGUUGUUCAUGGAGAAUGAACAAUACUUGAUUAUCUUUACAUGUUCAAGUGUCCCCUCUUUCCAGAGCACAGAAUUAAGACAGAUAGUUCUUCUUUUUGUGGUCCUGACAUUCAGUUUAGGGAACAUAAACACCAUCCUGAAGUGAAAAUGUAAAAAGUAGUUUAGCAAUACACAGAACUACACGGUAAAGUACAGUAUGUGGCCUGGAUAAGAGACUUGUUGAUGUUCAUUUUUACUACAGCAGUCUAACUGUUUUUAAUAUCCACUGCCUAAAAUUAUCCUCUUAAGUUGAAAACCCAGACUUUUUCUCCUAGAAGGAAUAGCUUUCGAUUUGACAAGCUCUUGUGUCUCUACCACAGAGGAUGUUGUGGUAAUUAAUAAAAAUGAAAUCUUUUAUCCCACGCCUGUGCUGGCACCGUAGGGCCAUAUGGCAUUAGCGGGUACAUUCAUCUCCGCAGCAGCACGCCACUCUACCACCCCCCACACCUCCCCCCCCUUGCCCACCCCCCCAGCUCUCUCUGGCCUAGCGGUCCUCUCCCAGCUGUCUCUCUGCCAGCAUGGUAACUCUCUGGUCCCAGCAACCGGUAAAAUCAGGACUCUAGAGAUCCCAGCAUUUUUUUUAAGCUGAGAGGGACCACUCUAUCUAUGAACAAGAGAGAUGUAGGAUCCUUAGAACUACAUCGUAGCAAGUGGCUGAAGAAUCUGGUUGAUGGGGAGAGGGCAAUUAAAGAUCCAGUAAGAAGCCAGCCGAACCUCCAGAGAUUGCUGCAUGGAGACUGGGACUUGAGAAUGAAGCUCUCCUGACAAUGAGCAGAGGUUUUGGAGGCCGGGUUCUGACUCCCAACCGAGUGAGUGCUGGGAGUUACAGUGGAUAUUUGAUGAGAUUUUAAACAGCAGGUUCCCCCAGUUGACAAAGCACUUUGGUAGAUUUCACUUAUUUAGAACAACAUAUGGUACACACUUUACCUCUUUCUGGGUUGUAAAUCUGCGCUUGUUCACUCUAGAUGACAUAAACACCAUUUGCAUGUUCAACAGCAGCAAUCUUUUAUAGAUACUUUAUAAGUUUGAGACUCCUUUUUACAGGUUUUCGCUUAUUAAUUGCACAUCCAUUUGUGUGAGCCUCUUAAGUGUGACAGAAACCAUAGGGAUACUAGUUUUAAUUUAAUACAUUGUUAAAUAUUCAACAUGCUAAUUUAGUAUAAAGAUUCCUGAUUAUAACUGUCUAUACAGCCUUAUAAGUGUCAUAAAAUAUGGACCAUUUAUCGCUUAUAAAAAUAGACAGUAAAAUAUAUUGUUUUGGCUGAGUAUGGUGCCUCCUGCCUAUAAUCCCAACACUUGCACCACAAAGGAGGAUGAUCCUGAAGGACUGCUGUGAGUUCAAGGCCAAUCUCAGCUAUGUAGUAUGCUCUAGGCUAGCCUGGGCUGGAGAAUAAAGCCUUGUCUCAAAAUAAAAGUAUAUAUGUGAACAUAUUGUAUCUGUUCUCAUUGUGCCACUUGUCUCAGAGGAUAAUAGGGAGCUUAAUUCUAUAAAAAUGAUUAAUAGGGGCUCAUACUUAAUGUUGCCACUUUUGGGGUAAUUAAAGUGUGAGUAUGAAAUUGGAAUAUGCUUAAGUAAGAGGAAAUUGAAACCAUUAAAGAAGGAAAAAAGGCCAAGUACAGUGGCCAAUUAUUCUACUUAUUAUAAAAAGAAAAUCUGCAGAGAUAGCUCAGUGGGUAAAAUCCUUGAGAGAAUUCCAGUCUCAGAAUCCAAGUCAAAACAAGCCAGGCCUUGGAUCGGGUACUUUGUAGUCCCAGUGUUGGGAAGCGAAGUGAAGGCAAGAAGAUCCUGGUGUUGCUACGUGGCGUUGCUAGCUUGUCAGACCCGCAUCUACUUGUGCUCCAAGCCAUUAAGAGAAUCUAUCAAAAAAAAGAAAGAAAGAAAGAAAGAAAGAAAGAAAGAAAGAGAGAGAGAAAAGGAAGAAAGAAUAAAAAAAAAACCACAAAACAGUGGGUUGUACCUGAGGAAUGACUUUCAAGGUUGUCCUCUGUCCUCUGUCUCCACACACAUGUGCAAGAAUACCUUCACACACAAACAUACACUUAGCAUACAUAUACAUAACCGUACAAAAGAAAACAAAGAAUGCUACAUGAAACCAAAUUCAGCCAGCAAAAUGCACUUAGUAGUUCAACGUCUUUUGCUGGAAAAUGGAAGAAAUUUUGAUAAAAUGACUACAGAGUUGUAGCAAAUGUCCCCUUCUGGAUUGCUUGUAGACCCUGGGUAUUAGUCAUCUGAGCCUCUGAGGGAGAUCAGAAUCUUCAUUUCACGAGGAUCCUGAGGUUGGCUGUGGUACAUGACUCCCCAAAGAUAGAAUCGCGCUCCUGUUCUUGUUACUCUUCCCCGGAGUUGAGGGUGAUGUCGUGAGCAUGUAAGAGAGUCAGAAACCUCAAGCUAGUUCUCCUCAGUCUUCAGUUUGCAGGCAGAAUUUUCCACCUUUGGAGGACAGAGAGGCUCAGCUCUUUGUUUGCUGCCUCAGUUGUGCCCUUGCAUUGUCUGGGGUGGAAACCCCAGGCCUGUCCUUCUUGAGUGAAAGCAUAGGACAGCUGGGAGGUGGGGAGCUGGAAUGUAGGAACGACAAAAAAAUAGCAAGGCCUGUCAGAUGACUCAGUUGGUAAGGGCACCUGACAAUGUCUAGAGGCGGAAGUUUGAUCACUGGGCCCUUACAUGGUGGACCCAAACUCGGACCUAUUCUGACCGAAGCACGAGCCCAGCUUUUCUAACCCACUGCUUUGGAGAUGCAGUCAGUAUCCGCCAUUGUUGCCCUGCGUACUGUGUGAGCGCUUACCAUAUCUUGGUAGCAGAGACAAAGGCUGUUUGGCAGUCACUUGUUAUCCAUCCUCUCUGGUAUACAUUUAUCCAUUUGACACGAGUUUUGUGGCGAGCUGUACAGGGAAGCUUAAGAAAAAUGCUUUCCUCUUGUCUUGAUGAUGAAAUGCGUUUCUCACUCAUGGUAGCAUGGUGGUAACUUUUCAUUCCUCCUGGCAGUUUUUAAAAGACUUAUUUGACAUUGGGGAGCCCGCAGUGUAUCUUUAAGGUGCAGUUCAAAAGUAAAAGACAAGGUUGCUCAUUUUCAAUUUGGCUGAAAAGUCUUAACUUUGACUGCAGCACUUCAAAGUUAGAGAAAACUUGGUCUUAAAAAAUGGAGGCUGAUACGAGAUGGCAUAUUUAAUGACGGCUGUAUCUAUAGAAAGCUGUUAAGAUACAGAUUAUCCCUCCUGGGGUGGGGGAGGGAGAUCAAACUGCCAAUCUCUAAACUAGACUGGAAAGGAGACGGGAAGGAAUCUAUCUUUGCAAGCGCUUUGAUUGCAGGGGACAGGACAGCAGCAUGUGGCAUCAUAACCUAGAGCAGACAAAUCAGCCUGAUGACAUUCAAAGCCGGGAAUACCGCUGCAGGCAAGGGUACUCCAGAGUCGGAGAAAUUAAAACAUAUAGAGACUGUUAUUAAUUUCAUAUCUAUUUUUGUAUAGUCAAAUCUGUAUGCAAAUCCUUAGCAUCUCAUUUCAGCAGAUUAAUCUGAAGUGAAGAGCGGUGUGUGAAGGGAAUGUAAUGCUGAAGCUCUUUGGAAUAAAUGCGGGCUGAAAACUUGGAGGCUUCCUGAAAGAUGUAUUUUUUUUUUUAAGAAAAAAUAAGGCGAAGAAAUAGAUUUGUUUACAUGCUCGUUUGUAAAUUACUUCAAAGGGAAAAGCAAUUGAGCCCCCACCCCACCCCCCGCCAGUUUCCCUUUGCAAUCCCGACUUGGCGAAAGUUACAGCCCCGGGCUUGGCAGGCGCCUUUGGGGAAGCCCUUCUGGAGGUAAUGAUGCCGGACCUUCAUUUUUUAUUCCCAAGUAUGAUCCAAUACCUCAUUUUUGAACGAUAUCAUAGGAGGGAAAAUUUUCGCGUCAUGCUAAGGAAUCUAAUUAUUGAGUGCAGAUUGAUAAAAAUCAUAUUAUGGAUGCCUCCGUGGAAGCGAAUAAAUAUCGAAGAGCGCGCGCGGUGAUCAUGUAGCAGAGGAGGUGUGGUAGCCACACUGUAAUUCGCCGACUGUAUGCUUAGUACGGAGUGCUCUAAAUAUGUUGCGUAUUGUCGUAAAGUGGGUAGAUUUCCACAGUAGAUCUUAUUUCUAAAAUCAAGUAGAGCUGCUUUUGGAGUUUCACAGGAAGAACUGGGAGCCUGGCCUCCUGUUUGCUUUCACUUGGAGAAAUGAUCAGAGGUGACCUGGACAUUAAUCUGGUGACUGUGCCCCGGAACACAAGCACUGGCGUUUUUCCUAACCUGCAUUGCCUGCGUGGUCUCGAUAGAUUCAUUUAUUCGUAAGAGGUUAUGCCGAGAGAGAAUUCUCCAGCGUUCUGUUUUGAAUCAGACAGGAAGCAAAUAUCAGGGUAGAGGAAAUACAGCUCUCAUUUUGAUCUACAUCUGUGUUGGGAUUUCAACUUCAGAUUUCUUAAAUGGGGAUUCUUUUCCUUUUACUCUGUUUUAGAAAUGAGACAAUAAACCCAGAGAAUGCAAUCUUUAAAAAUGGGAAUCUCGGGGUUGGGGAUUUAGCUCAGUGGUAGAGCGCUUGCCUAGCAAGCACAAGGCCCUGGGUUCGGUCCCCAGCUCCGAAAAAAAAAAAAAAAAUGGGAAUCUCUGUCCUUUCUGUUCUCUGUAGACGAAGCUUUCGUUGAUGGUAAAAGUAGUGUCUUGCUUUGUAUAAAUAAUAUGUACUUAAAAGGUGAUUGAAAACUGCAGAGUUACUUUUAAAAAGAGAAGUCUGUAGUUAAUACUAGCAACCGUUAAUUACAUGGAGGAUCCUAUCUCUUUACCAGGGUUUAGGAAAAUGAUUGGCCUGGACAGGUGCCCUUCUCUUUAUGUAUCUAGUACUAUUGGUAUUAAUUAAUCUAAGACAGCUUAUUAAUUAAUUAAGACAGACAUAUCCAACUUCUGGAUUCUGACUCACUUACCUCUUGAUGCUGGAGUUGAUGGUGAAGACCUACUCAGCCUUUGUACUGUCAGAGCGAAAACCAAAUUGCUGGGUGGCCUAAGACAGUCAAGACAGAGAUGGGAAUAGAGUUUGUAAUCAGCCCUAUAGAAACAUGAGGUUUUCUUCAGCACCAGAGUGAGCAAAAGAAGAACUUUGAAGGAAAGCUGCUCUGUGGGCACAUCAAGCACAUUCGGUCGUUCCUCAAAUUGCAACCUGUUCCCCUGUUAUUAGGUCCUGUGAACUUGCUAGUUGGUGCCUAUCAAAGUUAGGCUCAUUUCCUCUCCUAAAAACCGGAGAAAAGGACAUCCUUCUCCUUGAUGAUUAUAUUUCAAAGAGAUCUAGGUCCUUAAGAAAGAUAUUCUUGUUUCCUAAAAGUGGCAAGUGUCUUAAAAUAAUUGACAUUUCAAAGAGACAGAGAAAGUCUUUGCAGUUACACCUAAUCUAAAGUAAAUGAAUUUUAAAACACAAGGUCAGGGUCUUAGCAUCAGAAAGGAGCCUAAGCUAAGAGAAGAGAAAGCUAAGCCUUAUGCUCGCUCAGUCUUAUGGCUGUAUAUCUUCAAUACUAGCAGGAAUGCCUUAUAGGAACAUCUUCUGACCCGAUCAAGUUUUGAAUCUGAAUUUAAGAAUCAAGUCUUUCUGAUACUUGUUAAGAAUAUUAUUUUAUACUAUCUGCAGCUACUUAUGGGUGGCAUUUAUAAAGACGGGUGUCUGUUCCCACAUUCUCACUGUUAAGAGUAAAGGUUCAACUAGAAUUGAAGAUGUCCUGAUUGUCCAGGGCUCAUUGUACAGCACAGAUAUGAAAAGAAGCAUGUCUAAGAGGAAUACUCUUUGUCCCAAAUGCUUGGCACCAAGUGUUUGGACAUAUUCAGAUUUCCAGGUAGUUAUAUGUCAGGGAGGGCAACCAUUUCUAAACACAAAAUUUGUUUACAGUUACACACAGAGUCUGAAGAUAAUUUUAUAAAAAAGGUUUGAGUGUCCCUGUGUUUACUGUGGCCCCUCACUUUGAGGCCAGAUGUGAGGUCAUCUAUUGUGUUAUCAAGUCUGCAAAUUCAAAAAGCUUCAGAUUUUGAAUGGUCUUCCACUUAUGCGGGGGAAAAAAUAGGAAAAAUAAGUUUAAAGUAUCGACUUCUGUGGCUUCCAAUUAAAUAGAAAAUCUGAAGUCUCUUAGGUUUAGCCCUGUACAAGAGGAUGUUUAACAAUAUUUGAGGUCACUGCACUGGAGACCUGUAGAGCAUGUUGUCCCAUUUGGUAGCUGGUACUCUCCAGCUUUACUUGCGGUAUAAAUGCUUGGAAUGUGGCUUAUCUGUGCUGUGUCAAAUAUACCCUGGACUUUGAAGAUCUUGUAUGAAAAGAAAUCCUCAGAAAAUUUUCUACGGAUUUCACAUUAAGAUAUUUUCAUCAAAUCGAGGUAAGUAAAAUGCAUUGUUAACUAUAAUUUCUAUUUCUACUUUAUAAUGUGGCAAUCCAUGGAUAUUGUUAUCCUCUCCUACAUAACAUUUACUCUGUCUUUUGAUAGAUAAUGACUUUUGCUGUAUGUAUUCUUCCAAGGAAAUAGCAAACUAUCACCUUGCUAAUGCACAGAUCGUAGAGUUCUAGCUAAGCUUAGAACUUAGCUAAGGACAGGGAGUGCCUCUAUAAAUCUGUCCCUAGAGCAAAUUGCAUAGAGAGAAAUUUCAUCUGUGUGUGCUGUUUUCCCCAGUCCUUUAUCUUUUAUCCGGCCACGCAGCGCAUCUUGCUAGAACUAGAGGCCUCUGGCACCCUACUCAUUACUCGCUCUCAAGCGGACUGGUCCUGACAUGCUCUGGAAGGGGAAUCAGCUCCUAGACUGCAUUUCUUAAUGGUAGCAUGGGUUCACUUUGAGAGCAGAUACUCAGCAUUAUCGAAGUGUCCUUUAAUUGUAGCUCCCACUUAUUUGGGAAGACCGCGUUUCUUAUUCGUGAACAGCUCUACAGUGUGCUACUGUGUUACAGGUGGGGUGACCAACACAGCGCAGUAUCAGAACAGACUGAUGGCGUACGAGCCUAAGCAGGUAAGACGUUCACAAGAAUUCGUUACUUACCUUGGUUAAAAUGCGUUUAAAAAAAGAUCUCCACGGGAAUUAUUAAUUAGAACGCCACCGUGUGCACCCUCAGCUACCUGGGGAAAAGAGAGCAUUUUGGGGGGAAGCCUGUGGUUCCAUGCUCUCAGGAAUGCCACAGAGCUAGGCAUACUGUGGAGAGGAUUUUGAUUGUAGCUAUGCCCUUCCGUAAGGGAUGCCAUUGGGGGCAGGAGACAUCACUAUGACCUUGUUAUUCUCAAAUCAAAUAAUGUCAUUUGACCUCAGAUAUCGCCAAUGGUGUUCUACAUCUAGGACAAACACAAAUGGUUUGUGUGUGGAAGUCUGGGAAUGCUGUGCUUCGAACAGCUGGGUCUGUUCUAUCCCCUUUUCUCCUAGAAGAAGAAAUGUUUUCCUUUUCUUUUCCUUCUGUCAAAAUAGCUACAAACCAUGCAGACAUGCCCGCCGAAUGCUGCCUUUUCCUCGGCUUGGAUUUGAAUGUGACAGCCUUCCAACAUGGUGUGACCCGGAGGUUUACUGUCCAUUAGGGCAGUAUUAGGAUUGGAAACAACAGGUUGCCUUUGGCGGGCUACACCUGGCUCAGCACCACAAGUAUGUGCACGGUGUCCCCAGUGUUUCUGCUGGGUUUUUAACGAUGACUUGACUGAGGAAGGCAUUCCUCCUUUUACAAGUGUGUCUCCUGAUAUUAUUAGAAGCUGUAGAUUGCCGAGAUUGGAUGUCCAGGGGUCAGCCGUCUCAUGAGGGAUCACUAAUUGCAGAAGCCCGAGUUCGGUGCACAUAUGGUUAAGGAGGAAGCCAGCAUUAACACUGGUGAAAUGAGUUCCGUUUCAUGUUUGUACACACAUGCUCUUUUUAGAAAAUUCUGCCGGCAUAUUGUUUACGGUGGGUACCGGCACACAUCACAUCUGCUUGCAUCUUGCUCAGAAUCUCAAUAACUCCAUCAUUCAGCCCUGAUGCUUAUUUCUCUUUUAGGCCUUUGUGGAGAGUCGAUAAUGCCUGCCAUCUGCCACAGAGCACAUCGCUACCUGCCAACAGGCAGGCUGGGGUGACCUCUGCUUCCCCACCGCUGAUUAGUAUUCACACGC